UACAGUUUUUGCCUCCCUACAUUUUAGCCUAUUCUUGUAGAAGGUAGAGUCUAUGAAGGGACUCUAGGAGAAGGGCAACAAAGGCGCCCUCUAGGAGGCUAGUUAGGGUACUGUUGAAUUGGCUAGUGGAGCACAAUGCGCAUGCGCCGGUCGUCUUGCCAAGGAGACUGUCGAGCUGUAAAGAGUUAAUAAGUAAUCACUCAAACAACCUCGUAACCACACAUAUACACAUCUUUGCUGACUAUAAAGUUAACUUUGACAACCAGGAAGAAUAAGAAGAAGAACAAGACCUACAAGGGCAAGUAUGGAGACGGUCAAACUCUUCCUCCAAGGACUGGAGGUGGACAUUUGCUGCGGGUCAGUGGCUGUUCUCACCGGUUCCGCUUGUCUUGCCGGGGUUCUGGUGUGGCUGGCCCGGGCAGUUGACGGCCGUCGAACCGCUGAGAGCAAGAUCCAGAAGGCCAGGAUGCUGAGAGAGGACAGUGUUCUGCGAGCUGAACAGGCUGUACUUCAUUACAAGCAGUCGCAUCCCAAGAUGGACUCCUCUCUCAUUUUGUCACUUUCUCUGGCUGAGCUGACAAAUAAACUUCAGGGCGGCCUGCUGGCACCUGAAGAUGUCUUGUACUCCUACAUAGAAAAGUCUCUCAGGGUAGACAAAAAGCUGAACUGCUGCACCGCAUUUCUGCUGGAGAGCAUUGACCAGCUGAAAGAUCUAGACCACAAUGAGCGUGGUCUCCUGUACGGCGUUCCAGUUAGCAUCAAGGAAAACAUUGCAUACAAGAACUAUGACUCCAGCUGUGGUCUGCUCAUCAACGUGGACCAUCCAGCCGAGAGGAACUCUGUGAUUGUGGAAGUGCUGAAGCGACAAGGCGCUAUUCCCUUCGUGAAAACAAAUGUCCCCCAAGGCCUGUUAAGUUACGAUUGCAGCAACGUCAUCUAUGGACAGACUGUGAACCCCCACAACCUUAAGAAGACCAGUGGGGGUUCAUCCGGUGGGGAGGGGGCUCUCAUCGGUGGAGGUGGCUCCAUGCUUGGCAUAGGCAGUGACAUCGGGGGAAGCAUCCGAGUCCCUGCUGCAUUCUGUGGGUUCUGUGCCUUGAAGCCAACAGCGGGUCGGCUAAGCUCGCGUGGUAUGACCACUGUUUGCCGUGGGCAAAAGUCAGUGCUGAGUACACCCGGGCCCAUGGCCAAGGAUGUGGACAGCCUGGCACUGUGUAUGCAGGCACUGCUCAAUGACCACAUGUUUGCCCUGGACCCCACUGUUCCACCUGUCUACUUUAAUGUGCAGAUGUAUAAGAGCUCCAAACCUCUGAGGAUCGGCUACAUGGAAAGUGACGGAAUCACGCAGCCGACGCCAAGCAUGAUCCGAAGCAUGAGGGAAGUCAAAGCUCUGCUUGAGCAGGCGGGACACACUCUAGUGCCAUACACUCCUUUGAAGUUGAAGUAUGCCUAUGAGCUCAUCUCAAAGGGCAUCUUUGCAGAUGGAGCCACCAACCUGCUGCAAAAACUGAAGGGUGGGCCUCUUGACCCCACCUUGAAAUUACAAAUGAAGCCUUUCUAUUUGCCUAUCUGGCUAAAGAAGAUCCUCUCCAUCCUGUUGAAACCUCUGUCUCCUCGUGGUUCAUUUCUUCUGGGAAACAUCACCGGAGUCGGAUCUGUUCUCGAACUGUGGAAGCAGCACACAGCUGUGGAGGAGUACAUUCACGACACAAUAGCAGAGUGGAGAAAGUGCAACAUAGAUGUACUGCUCUGCCCGAUAUUUGGACCCGCUUUCAACUUCAUGUACUGCAGCAGGCUUAACUUUCCUAUUUUUUACACGGCUAUCUACAAUCUGCUCAACUUUCCUGCUGGCGUUGUUCCUGUUUCUACGGUGACAGCGGAGGAUGAGGAGGAGCUGCGCCAUUAUAAAGGCUUGUUUCAGGACCACUGGGACAAGCUUUUCCGACAGGCGGUGUCAGGGGGCCAGGGUCUUCCCAUGGCGGUGCAGUGUGUCGCCCUCCCGUGGCAGGAUGAGCUAUGCCUGCGCUUCAUGAAGGAGGUGGAGGAGCUUGUUAAACAAAGCAGGAAGUAAAGCAAGAGUAGUUAGCAUAAUCACAAAUCACAUUUAAAAGCCUCCAUUUUAGCUCCCCAAUGCACCAGAAACAUAUCCUUAGUACCUCACAAAUGGACAUAAUUUCAACACAAACACACUCCAACAUCUUGAAGAAGGUCUUCCCAGUAGAGUGUUUUUUAUUGUUUUGUUGGGUUUUUUUAAACUCCAUUUUGGUAUAUGGCCUGGUGUCCCAAUACUUCUGUCAGUGUCUUUUAACACUUAAGCCAUGCAUUUCAAUCCAAGGUUAUUAUUGUAGAGUUGCAAUGUCUUUCUCUCUCAUAAUAUCAACACCUAAUGUGUAGAAAAAGGUACAUGUUUGCAACAUGGUUUUUGCAACAUUUGUUUACUCCUCUGCACUACUACUGUAAGACGAUGGCUAAAAGACAAUGGCUAUUUUGUUGUUUUAACCAAUCUACUGACAAGCUGUGACAUUUCUUUCAUUAUUCUGCUUAUUUAGGGCAUUUGAUGUGAUUAUAUUACAAGAUAUAUUUCAAUGUAUUGUUUUUUCAUACUAAUGUUAAGUGAGACACUGUAUGCUUUAUCUUAAAAUGCACAUUAAUUGGAAUAAAUUAGACAGCAUAAAUGUUGUAAUUAUAGAUUCAAGAUUAAAGAGGAUGGGGGCAUCUAUUGGACGCUAGUGAUAAUUGGAGGAGGCUUUUAUUUCCUAAAUGUGAAAACUCCAUACAGUAUAUAUCAGUAGAUAUAGUUAACUUUAAUAAUGAUGUGGAGCGCAUGAAAAAGUAGGUAAGGAAAAUGUAGCUCUCUUUGACCACAUGGUGAUUUAUUAACAGUAAUAUUGCAUAGUUGGAGUUUGCGUGUUCACUUUGUGCCUCUGCGGGUAUGUUAGGUUAAUUGGAGACACUAAAUUGUCCAUAUGUGUGCAUGUGAGUGUGAACGGUUGUCUAUAUGUGUCCUGUGAUUGGCAUACCCCGCCUCUUGCCCGUCAACUGGGAUAGGCGCCACCCUAAUGAAGACAAGCGGUAUAGAAAAUAGAUGGAGUUAAUUGUUGACAACAGUAUGGUAAGUGUAACACCUGAGUUGCGCAACCAACCUUUUAAAGCGCAUGUAGAGGUAGCUAGCGCUGCUGGGUGCUGACGACUCAUGAUACGUCAAACGCAGCAGCUGCCGUCUUGUGGAGUUACACAAAAAAAAACACUUCAGGAGGUUGCCCACAGCCACAAUAACGCCAGUGGUUUUAAUUAGAGACCCUGCCAGCUACUUGCUUCUGUAGACCAUGCCCUGGCAACUACGGGAGACUUGCCAGUUAAUUGUAGAGGUGUUAAUUGGAGCAUUUAUGGUAUUAGGGUUGACUGAAGCAAUUGUUGUCAUGUAGAUUUGUGUAAAAUGACCAUUAACAAUA